AUGCCCGAGGAGGAAGAAGGAGGGCCGGGACGAGACCCAGGCCGCUCGCUCGAUCCGCCAUCUCCGUUAUCUCCACCCUCGUCGUUCCCAUCGCCGACUACGCCAUCCCGAGAGACGAGGGAGGCGGGCGUGGAGAGUAUGUUGGAGAGUGCUGGUCGUCGCCGGCAAACGCCUCCAAACCAACUGCUGCAGCACCCGCCUCUCACUCGACCGCGCAUUAACAACCGCCAACAUGCCCGCUCGCCAUCGCUGCCACUCCUUCCAAGCGCCCUGUCGUCUCCCAGGAGUCUGCACCAUCUGGGAAUAGGAUCCCCGUUGCCACUGUCUCCGUUACGCAGGCAAUUUCCAUCGCCGCCCGGCAUCGCCAACAGCAGCAGCUUCGGUAUAGCCAGGGACGACGCCGACGACGAGCUGAGCGACGACAACGACAGCCAUGGCCGACUUGAUGUUGCUGGCGGCGAUACCGACAGCUCUGAAGCAGGCGGCCGGCUCGAGCUGGACGACCAUGACAACAAUCUCACCCAAGAUAGCAAGGACGUGCUCGUGCAGCGUCUGAGCGACCUUGUUCAGCGCCUAUCGACAGCCGCUAACAUAACCCUGGCCGCCAGUGCCAUUCAGCAGACGGCCAUCAUCGGCCAGCUGCACGCCAAGGUCGACGAGAUGGAAGGCGCCCUGCUGGGCGAGGCAAGCGGCGGCGCCGGCCGGAGGCCGAGGAGGACACAGCCUUACGGGAGGAGACGAAGGGCGAGGCCAUCGCGCUCGCCUCGGCCAUUUCCCCUGCCCGUGCCGCUGCUGUUGCCGAACAGAUCUGGUUCUUUGAUGUCGCCAUCAUCGCUGUCCUCGCAACCGUCAGGAAGUCAGCCCGCGAAUGCGCUGUGGCUCGGCGGCACGCUCACCCCCCCUCCUCCUUGGCGCACAGGGGCCGGUGGCCAAAGUGGUGGUAGCGCCGAUGGCGAUGGCGACGACGCGUCAGCCGAACACUUUACCGAUAUCUCAUCUUGGAUGCAGCAACAAGUGCCCUCUGCAAUAGAGCCAUCAGCCACGACAGAAGAAAUAGCAACCACUAUAGAAGCAGCGCCGACAGCAAAGCCGGCCAGCGUAACGACAGUUGUUCUCGCCGCCACAGCGAAAACCCAGCCAGACGUGGCCGAGCGAGUCGCUGCCGCGGCCGAGAAGCUGAAUGCUGAUUUGGAAAUGGUUGUGAGGAGCCUACGCGCUCGGCGAGAAGAGUCAGUUCACAUCCACGGGCUUCUAGUCGAGAGAGCUGAAGCUGCGGCUUCACGAAUCCUGGAACUUGAAAAGGAUGUGGUUGAUCUGGAAGACGAGAUAAGCAGCAACGAGUCUGAACUCAAAAACCUCCGCCUUGAACUGCGGGCCGUCGAAGCGCUGUCCUCCUACCCGGCCGCAGGCGUCAUGGCCGCCGACCCGGACCUCGUGCAGAGCAUCGAGAACUGGAGGUCGGAUUGGGCUGCCCUACGCGACAAGAUGUCGCUGCGCAAGAAGGACCGCCGCAGCCGCCGCCGUGGCCAUGUGCUGCACCGAGAAGGAGGCGGAGACGACCACGGCUCGACCCUCGCAAGCAUGUCAAAUCUUUCCGAGUUAGACAGCAAUGAGCUUCUAUACUAA